AUGGAUAUGGAGUAUAAUUCCGAUCGCUGCACCUCUCCUACCCUGCUCCCUGGGCCAUACAACUCCUACUCUGCCACCGACUCUGCGAAUAACAUCGAUGACGACGAGCGCGCCCCCCCAGAGGCAUACGUAGCCUUGAUCAAGCUCCUCCUCAACCUUCCUCCUCGACCCCCACCGGCACCCCCACACAUUAGCCGAGAUGCCGGCGAGAGCACCGCCUCCUACUGCGCCUACCCUGCCGAGGAGCGUCGCGAGCGGAAGUACAACCUCUCCGCACCCCUCGACAUGUCCAAACCACUCUACGAGAAACGUGUGCGCCGCGCGUACAAGGGCUUCGUCGCGGGCAGCCAGCGCUCUCACAGCGGAGUCUACUCAGCCUCUCGACGAUCACCUUCGAUGCGGCCUGCCGUUGACGCGUUGACGGCUUUGCUCCCUGCACGACUCGCGCCGAUCUGUCACGGGCGCGCUCUCGACGUCGUCCACCAGCUCGACGCGUUCUAUGCCUGCGGCGACCUCGGUGCGGCGCAGGGAGGGUUCGUUGGUGUAGUCCGGCGCCGUGUUCCGAACGUGAAGAUGAUGCGGUCGCCGUCAACGAUGACGAUGCCCAGCCUGACUAACGCGGGCAGCAGCUACGGCUACUAUGGCUACGGACGCAAGCCUGGCCCUCUCAGCCGACGGAACAGCGCUGCCAGUAUGGAGACCACGGACGGCCUCGAGACCGAGGCUGAUCUGACAAUGUGGCCUUCGUCGAGAAGCCCGACGAAGAAGUCGACAGAGGACUCUUGGAGCUAUUCUGACGACACUAUGACGUUCCCCGUCCUCCAGACCCCGAAUAAGGAGAAGCGCGUCGAGCGCAAGAUUAUCGACAGGAAGGAGCACGACGUUGAGGUCGAGGUCGAGCUACAUCAGCCACUCAAAAGACCAUCUCCUCUUCCCUGGCAAAGACGUCCGCUAGGGUUUUCGCUUCCCUUCCGCAUCGUAUCGCAUCUCGUUCCGACUCUUCUGCAUCACGACCCACGCGCAUUGACCAUACCCCCUGCAUGCUAA